GGAGAUUGGACUCACUCCUCGGCAUGACACCAUCACCUUUGUUGUUUCUGACGGAGAAACAGAGACCUCUCAUCCAUGUUGCGCCGCAAAACCCCCCCCCAUGACCAGAGACUUGCCUCAGCUGCGACCCAGUCUGCCUGUUUACGAUCUCAAGGUCACCGUGUUUCCAGUCGACAGCCAAACACCUUCUCUGGCAACAGGAGACAUCUUUUCUGUAGAUGAGGGGGGGUCUGCCCCUAUCACUGCUUCUCAUCUGAAGGCCUCUGACGUGGACACUGUUCUGGACCAACUGGUGCUCAGUCUGAUUUCCCCCCCCCAGUUUGGCUACAUUGAAAAUGUCCUGCCUAGUCCUGGCUUUGAGAAAAGCAACACAGGCAUAAGCAUAGCUUCCUUUUCCUACCAAGAUAUCCUGGACGGCCAUAUUAACUACGUCCAGUCCAGGCAUCAGAGGAUGGAGCCCACAGCCGACCAGUUCCUGCUCUGUAUAUCAGACGGAAAACACAGCUCUGCCCACGUCCCCUUCUACAUCAUCAUCAACCCCACCAACGAUGAGAUCCCACAGUUUGUGGCUCGGAACAUCACAGUACGAGAAGGAGAAAUGAAGCAGUUGGACAUGUCAGUUCUACAUGCGUUGGAUCUGGACGUUCCUCAGGACAUUCUGCUCUUCAGUGUGGUCAAACCCCCCCACCACGGCAGCAUCAUCACCCUCAGCAGUGAGAGGAAGAUCUACAAGAGACAAGAGGCCGCUCAUCAGUCCCCUGUGGUCGACUUCUCAAUGACAGAUCUCUCUAAUGGUAUGGAUCUGAUGUACAUGCACGACGACUCAGAGAACAUGGAGGAUAGUUUCACCCUCCAGCUGACGGAUGGCAGGCACCAGCUCCAGAGGCGAGUGGUGGUGAUGGUGCUGCCGCUCAACGACGAGGAGCCUCGCGUCGUCCGGAACAACGGCCUGGAGGUGGAGCCAGGAGAGAGCCGGCUCAUCUCCAGUGCCACUCUGUUAGCUCAGGACGAGGACACGCCUCCUUCUGAGGUCCUGUACAUGCUGGAAAAUGUUCCCACCCAGGGACUGCUUCAGCUGAAGGAAGGUGAGGACUGGAAGACCCUGACGGCGGUGAGGAACUGCAGCCAGGAGAUGGUGGACAUGAACCUCCUGCGCUACAUGCACACCGGCCUGCACGGCGCUCACACACAGGACUUCUUUGUCUUCUACUUGUUGGAUGGGAAGAAUCAAUCACCCCUACAGCACUUCCACAUCUCUGUCAAAGAUCUGGAGAAAGGAAAUAUUGCCAUGUUUGUGAAGCCUUUGAAGGUCAGCCGUGGCGAUCGAGUGGUUCUCACCACAGACGUGCUGUUAGCCACAGACGGCACAGAGAAGCCAGAGGAGCUUCUGUUCAUCAUCACCCACCCUCCUGCUCACGGACACAUGGAGUACAUCAAACAUCCGGGACUGGCCAUCUCCACCUUCAGCCAGAUGGAUGUAGCAGCCAACCUUGUGGCUUACGUGCAUGACAACCGAGCAACCACCCCCAGAGAGAGCUUUCAGUUCGUUGUGAGUAACGGUAGAACCAGCCGGAAUGGAAGCUUUGAGAUGUUGGUGGAGAUGGUGGAUCGCAUCCUACCCUCUCUGUCCUCAAACAAAGGCCUCUCAGCUCCACAAGGCUCCUCCAUGAUCCUGGGUCCAGACUGCCUGAUCCUGUCCGACCCCGACACUCCCCCGCGUGCCCUGACCUUUGAACUGGUUCAGGCUCCACAGUACGGCAGGCUGCUUCUAGCUGGUUCCACGCUGACUGCAGGUUCAAACUUCACCCAGAGGGACAUCCAGGAGCUGGAGGUGACCUAUAAACACGACGGGGGGCCAUCCCAGAUCGACCGCUUCGCCUUCACUGCCUCUGACACCACCAGGCGGGGCUUCCUGCUGGAGGGGAGGCUACACACUGAACCUGUGUUCUUCACUAUUCAGAUCAAGCCUUUGGACAAUACCUAUCCUGAGGUUGUGAAGCUGAUCCCUCUUUGGAAAGCAGAGCCUCUUGGCGACGGACGACACGGGAUCUUUGUGUCGUCUCGUGAGCUGAAGGCCCAGGACAGAGACAGCAGAGACGACGAGCUGAUAGUCAGCAUCGUGCGCCAGCCGUACUUUGGAUACCUAGAAAACAUGACUACAGGUGGUUUUGUACCACAUCGCUUCUCUCAGACGGAGCUGAGUAAAAGGACGAUCGCCUACAUCAUCAACCCCCACAGGGAGUCCCUUACAGACAGCCUGGAGUUCACAGUGUCCGAUCCUCUAGGGAACACUGGGCCCCCUCACAUACUGAAGUUCAGCUGGUCCACGGUGGAGCUGUCUCAGCCUGAGUACUCUGUCAGUGAGGAGCACAGAACUCUUUCGCUGGACAUCAUCCGAAAAGGAAACCUGGCAGAGUCUUCAUAUAUCACUGUCAAGGUGGAGGAAGUGAGUGCAACAGCUGGAACAGAUUUCCUCAUAAGCCCCUCUUCCCUCAUUCAGUUUGAUCCAGGAGUAUCAAAGAGGAGCUGGCAAACUGAGAUUAUCCAGGACCACCUGGAGGAGGCGGUGGAGAUAUUUGAAGUGCUGCUGGUGUCCCCUGAAGGCUCGGUGAUCGGCAGCAUCAACAAGGCUCAGGUCCAAAUCAGAGACUCGGGAAGAAGACAGACCUGGCUGAACCAGGAUCCAAAGGCUCCUGUUCUGGUAGGAAAAGAGAUUGGAUCAGACACCUACCCCCAGCAUGGAUCCAUUCAUCUGGAGAAACUGCCCCUGGGAACAGAAUCAAUCAUCUGGGGCCGUGGAGACAGUUUAUCCAGGCCUGCUGCAGAUCGGCCAAGGAAGAAACUCAAAGUUCUGGACAAUCCAAAAUCUAUUACCCCAUCGUCAGUGUUCCACAACGGGACAGACACUGUUUACACGUAUCAUGGCAUCAUGCAAAUGCAAGUAGAGGACGACACCACCCCGUCAAGGAAGGGAAGAAAGGCAAACAUCCGUGUGGUUAGCAGAGGAGCACAGCAGCAGGGGCCAGCUGUGUUUACUAAGUCCAAAUCAGAUCCUAAAACAAAGAUCUCUAAACCUCAAAAAACAGCAGCUGAAGGACCAGCUGAUAACUCUGUACCCAAGCCCUGUGUACCAGAACUGAUUGGAGUCCUGUAUUUAAACCAGACUACCAAUCAGCUGUUUCACUGCAACGGUAUCUCCUGGAAACCCUGGGCACCAAAUGAUCAGAUGAGUGGUCAGAAGUGUCCUCAGGGCUGGACCUUUCACAGUGGCCACUGCUACAGCCUCAGCACUGAGCACAAGGUCACAUGGAGCGCAGCCAACAGGGCCUGCAGGGAGAGAUAUAAAAGCACUCUAGCAAGCGUUCUCUCUAAAUUGGACAUGGACUGGCUUUGGGACUUUGGAGGAAGGAAACCAUUUUGGAUUGGCCUUAAUGACAGGGAAGGCCGAGGGCGCUGGGAGUGGGCGGGGGGAGAGCCGCUCAACUACACCAGCUGGAGAAAGACCCCCCCUCCGUCCAAAAUUAAGGGAAACAAAAACUGCAUCCUGGUGGGGAGAAGGGCAAAGUGGCAGAUCAGGGACUGCAAGACGGGCAGAGGUCAUCGCUUUGUGUGCUCCAAAAGAACUUGAUCCUGCAGUGUGUGCAGCAUCACAGCCAUGAGCCACUGUGGUGUUUCAGAAGGGGAAGGACUGAUCCUCGGGACAUUUAAACUGCAAUACCGGAGGGAACUUUCCUGGAAAUGUUCAUAUCAUUUAUUAUUAAUGACACAACUGUUUAAUGAGUAACGUGCUACACUAAGAGACAUUGUUUACACGGCAUCUAUUCAAAUUAACCACUGAACGUGUUGUUAUAAACCGUAUGAAAAGCUCACAAGACGUUUUUUUAAAAUGUAUUCAGUCUAUUUUCCAGACUUGCUGACUCCAAAAUAUAAGUGUGUGCUGUCGGAACAGAGAACAACAGAAUACAGACAUGGACAAAACAUCCACUUUGUGAAAUUCUGUCUUUGUUUCAAUAUUAUUUGACAGUAUGAAGAUUAGCUUUAGCUCUUAAUUUCUCUAAAGAUUAUGUCAAACCUCAUUAUUUUAUUCAGAGAUGUGUUUACUGAAUUUGGCAGUGUGCCCAGAAAAAAACCUCCGAAUUAAUGUCAAAAUGAAAUCAUAGUGGAUUUUUUAAAGGGGUCUAAUGUUACAGUUUAAAACAGUUCAAAACAAUCCCUACAGUAUUGACAAGAAAAAUAAAAUCUGUAUUGUAA